CUGUUAGAAAAUUAGUCCGAGAGAGAGAGAGAGAGAGCUUAAACCUACCGAACCAUCAAAAGAUCCUCAGUCGCUCUCCUGAGUUCACACACUUCAAAUGGCGGAAUCGGUUUCUGCUCAAACUCCGUCGCUCUCCGAGCAAUAUCAUUUGGAGAAAGAAGUGAAGCCUGUUGAAGUUCAAGCUGAAGAGGUUGAAGCCAAGGAAGAUUCUCCUCCUGAGGAAGCUGUUGAAGACAAGUCCGAGUCUCCCGCUUCCACGGAAGUCACUUCUGAAGAGGCUCCUGCUGCGGCUACUGAAGAAGAAAACACUACUGAAGAUGUUGCUGAGGAGACUCCUGAUGAGAUCAAGCUUGAGACAGCUCCUGCUGAUUUCCGUUUCCCGACAACAAACCAAACCAGGCAUUGUUUCACACGUUACAUUGAAUAUCACAGAUGUGUAGCUGCCAAGGGUGACGAUGCUCCCGAGUGCGAUAAGUUUUCAAAGUUUUAUCGUUCUCUUUGCCCCGGCGAAUGGGUUGAUAGGUGGAACGAGCAAAGAGAGAAUGGAACUUUCCCUGGUCCUCUUUAAGACAACUCCUGCCUCAAAGAAGAAUCACAUCCUCUCUUGCUCUUGUUACACUUCAUAAUUUCACCCGAAUUACACUGAUAAGAUUUUUACAAAACCAGCAUAUCUGGUUGGUUCCUCUUCAUCAUAAAAAUAUGUGAGAAUUUAAUACUUAUAGUCUCAAAUUUUUCCUUACAUUUUAUUUUCAACUCAAGUUUUGAGGAUCA